GCACAAGGCAAAGGAAGCGCAGCGGUUGGCUGAGAAGCUGGUCACACUGGGAAAGAAGAACACAGAAGCGUCGCGGCGGAGAGCGCAGCAAAUAUUCUUCGUAGGGCAUUCCCUCGCCUCUGCGCCAGCAGCAUACUGAUGGUUGCCAGGAACCGAACGAGAUGGUUCCCAAGCUCUUCGGGCCCAUAAGAGAGCGCUAUGCGAGCCGGCCAGGCGGCUACACCCGUGUUCUCCGCAUCGAGCCCAUGAAGGAAGACCAGGCAGAAUCCGCCCUCCUCGAAUUCGUCGACGGCCCGAAAGACAUGCGCUUUGCCUUGACUGCGAAGAUACUAGCAAACCGGGAACCACGCCAGGAACCGAGCAAUGCAGAAGCACGCAAUAUCAAUAAAGCCAUAAGAUUCCGCGAAGACGGUGUAAAUGAACUACGGGACAUGAUCAAGCGGAUGAGGAUCGAGAAGCAGGAUGGCCUCGACGACAGGGCACUUGCCGCACCCAGAACAGUGUAUCCCACAGAAUGGCUCAGGAGGGAGAUGCAAUACAAAGAGGAGGUUGGCUUUUACGAACACCCCAAUAAGACCCCAACGUGGAUCAAGGAGCAGAAGGUGGAGGCAAAGAAGCCUACGAAAGCCCGCAUAACGGAAAAUGAGAUAACAAGGGCCGAGGUUGCGAAGGGGGUGGCACCAGCACCGGUGUAAGGAUGUACUGAAAUAUGUAUUAUACAAUGUUUACAUACCAGUUGUACUUUGUUGCCUUCUUACAUUGGUGCCUGAGCAUUCUACUUUGAGCCCAAUAAAAGACAUGGCGUACCUCCAAGCAAUCGCAAUCUAUCUCCA